CACCAAUAUUCCUUAGCACCCGCCGUGCCGCUCUUCGUCUCGUUUUUACGACCGUCGCUCUCUUGCUACCUAAUAUUUGACGAUAAUACCAGCGACAAUGUCGGGGAAUACACAGCUUGAGCGGGCGAUCCACCAAAUACAAGAUAAGGCCCCGAUUCCUGAAAUCGACUUUACCCAACAUCAGCUCGACAAUGGAUAUACCAUCUCUACUCAGGAACGUGUCGUGAAGGAGGUUCAAGCGCCCGCGAUGGUCUUACCGACAGACGAGCAGUUCUACUCGCGACAGGACCCGACUAAACCUGACAUUGCGUUCCUCAAGAAUCAUCUGUAUCGUGAGGGAAGACUAUCGGAAGAGCAUGCCAUGUUUAUUAUCGAAAAAGCAACGGAAGUGUUGAAGGCAGAGCCGAAUCUCCUCAGUGUCGACGCUCCCGUCACCGUAUGCGGUGAUAUUCAUGGACAAUACUAUGACUUGAUGAAGUUGUUCGAGAUCGGUGGAAACCCCGCAACGACAAGAUAUCUCUUCCUGGGUGAUUACGUUGACAGAGGAUAUUUCUCUAUCGAGUGUGUGCUCUACCUCUGGUCUCUCAAAAUCUGGUACCCCGACACCAUUUUCCUCCUCCGUGGCAAUCACGAAUGUCGCCAUUUAACCGACUACUUCACCUUCAAACUUGAGUGCAAGCGCAAGUACUCUGAGCGGAUAUACGACGCCUGCAUGGACUCAUUCUGCGCACUCCCCCUCGCCGCCAUUAUGAACAAGCAAUUCUUCUGUAUCCACGGUGGUCUCUCGCCCGAACUCAACACCCUCGACGACAUCCGCAACAUCGACCGCUUCCGCGAGCCACCGACGUCUGGUAUCAUGUGCGAUAUCCUAUGGUCUGAUCCUGUGGAAGACUUUGGGCAAGAGAAGAUCUCGGAAAGUUUUGUGCAUAACCAUGUUAGGGGUUGUUCGUAUUUCUUCACGUAUCAGGCUGCUUGUCAGUUCUUGGAGAGGAAUAGGCUGUUGUCGAUUAUUAGGGCUCAUGAGGCGCAGGACGCUGGAUACCGGAUGUACCGCAAAACGCGGUCAACAGGGUUCCCGUCGGUCAUGACGCUCUUCUCAGCACCGAACUAUCUUGACGUGUACAACAAUAAGGCUGCCAUCCUAAAGUACGAGUCUAAUGUAUUGAACAUCCGGCAGUUCAACUGUACGCCUCAUCCGUACUGGCUGCCUAACUUCAUGGACGCAUUCACGUGGAGUCUUCCCUUCGUCGGGGAGAAGAUCACGGACAUGUUGGUCGCGGUGUUGAACACGUGCACGAAAGAGGAGCUCGAGGAGAGUUCGGACGAGGAGACGACAUCGGAGGUGUCUACUCCGGCGAAGACGGCGGAGGACUCGGCGGAGAGGAGAAAGGUCAUCAGGAACAAGAUCUUGGCUGUGGGCAGGAUGUCGAGGGUUUUUUCGCUCUUGCGUGAGGAAUCAGAACGUGUGUCUGAGCUCAAGAGUAUCUCUGGCUCGAGCAAGUUGCCUUACGGGACGCUGGCUUCGGGCGCUGAGGGUAUCAAGGAGGCCAUCAAUACCUUCGACGAUGCCCGGAAAUCGGAUAUCGAAAACGAGCGUCUUCCUCCUGAGCUCGUCGAUGCCGACUCCGCAGAGGGCAAAGCAUACAUGUCACAACCCACUACCCCCGGCGAAUCCAUGGACGCAGGCGGGCCCCCACCAGCCAACGGCGUCGCCGCCGCUCUCGAAAAAGCCAUCUCUAACGGCGCCACGUCUCCCACGUCCAUCAAUACCGCCACUGCCACCACGCCCGGCUCGAUCCCGGCCUCGCCUACGACGGGCUCGGCUGGGUCUCCACAUCCGUUCAGGAGGGGACACGGCAGGCAGGCGAGUUUGGGGACGACAAUGACGAGUCCGAGUACGAGGAGGAGAAGUUUGGAGAGUACGAUGAGUUUGUUGAAGGAGGCGGCUGAUGGGAAGGAGGCGGAUGCGGAGUUUGAACAGUUGGCGGAUCAGGUAGCGGGAACGGCGAAGGGGGGGCAGGCGACAGGGACGGCGGCAGCGAAAGAGAAUGCGAUCCCGCGUUGAGCGGGCGGGCUGGCGUGUGGUUGUCGUGGGCUGAAUAGUCGUGAUGUCAGGUGUGAUUGAAAGUCCAUCCCCGUAUCCCAUACUUCUAAUACGUCGCAUCGACUCACUCUGGUGUGAUGUUGGUAUCCCCAUCGUGUUCAUCCUUACCACUUCCGACUGCGGACUUUCAUAUUCACAUUCGCACCUCAACUCGCUGCAACCUCGCGCUACAUCGUCACGUUAUCACCCUCUUCUCUUGGCUCAAAGCGCCGCAGUCGUGGAUCCUUUUUACUCCUCGCCUCUGUCUCCUCCGCCCUCUGUCCCUUCUCUCUCUCUCUCUCUCUCGUCAAUGACUUAAUCCUUCAAUCUCUCCUUCUCGUCCGUCUCGUUCCCUUUUAUUUCGCUCUUCUUUCUUCCUUACAAUUUGUACAUUCGUCUCAUACCUAGUCAUAGUAAAGCGUGGCUGACCGUCUCAUCUGUCGUCAAUCGUUCAAUCGUUCUACUGUUUUGUCAAUAUGGAGGAUUCUGGUUUCGAGGUCGGGUGGAUAGCUAUGGCAAAGGCAUGGCAAGGGAUGGGAAGCUCUUUCGUUCAUAUCUUGUACAGAUUUUCUCCUUUUCUUUUUCUCUUAUCAACUUCUCCGAGUUUCAGUUCCCC